AUGCAGCAUACAAAAUCAGAUCGCCUCUCAGAUGAUAUUGCGAAUACAAUUCGAGCUAAAUUAUUGGAUGUCAAGUUAAUUAUAAUAGACGAAAUAUCUAUGGUGGGAGCAAAUGCAUUUGCCAAGAUUGAUGCAAGAAUGAAUCAGAUCUUUGGUGAAAACAAAAGUCUUGCUGGAAAAUCCGUAAUAGUGGUCGGAGAUUUAAACCAACUACCACCUGUAAAAGACAGGCACAUUUUCCGUUCACCAACAUCAAGUGAACUAGCACCAAUAUUAGAUGACAAUCCGCUAUGGGAGGAAUUCAAAUACUAUGAAUUAACGGAAAUAAUGCGACAAAGAGAUGAUUUAUCAUUCACUAUAGCACUUAAUAACUUAGUUAAAGGAAAAAUGACUGAAAUUGACAUCAAUUUAAUAAAGUCAAGGACUGUUAAUAACGGUGAUCACAUUCCUAUAAAUGCUAUGAGACUCUAUGCAUAUAACAAAAAUGUUGAAAAUUACAAUGAAGAAAGGAUUACAAACAGUUCUGGAGAAUUUUAUAGUGUCAUUGCAGAAGAUCGAAUUAUUGAUAAAGUUUCAGAACAGCAACAUAUUGAUAUAAUGAAUCAAGUUCAAUCUAAAAAUGUCAGAGAUACAGGUGGAUGUCCAUAUGAAUUGAAAUUAAAACUAGGAAUUAGAUACAUGAUUACUAAUAAUAUAGACAUAGAAGAUGGACUUGUAAACGGGGCUACUGGCACUCUCCGCCAUUUAACAUAUGAUGAAACAAAUACUGUAACAAUCGCUUGGUUAGAAUUUCCAGAAGAAAGAAAAAAAACAAAAAUUCUAUUUUAUCUCAGUGCAAGAAACCCCAGGCAAAUAUCGAGGAAACAAUUUCCGUUGCGACCAGCAGAGUCUGCUACAAUACAUAAAGUUCAAGGCCAAACCUAUACUUCACUUUGUCUGGACUUCAGGAAAGGCGAAUUUCUUAGUAGGAAACUAUUAUAUGUUGCUAUAAGUAGAGUUACAUCACUAUCUGGAUUAUAUAUCAUUGGUCAAUUUAAACCACCAAAACCACCAGCAGUUUUAGAUCAAGUUGAUUUAGAAAUUGAUAAGUUAAAAACUCAAAAAUAUCUUAAAUUACCCAUGAAUGAAUUAUUCGAAAACAACAAGCACAAUAUAAAAAUUUGUUAUCACAAUAUUUUGUCACUAAAUAAACAUUUUGUAGAUAUAGAUGCAGAUUUUUCUCAUGCGAAUGUCUUCCACAGAAAAAUGUCUGAGAUGUCUCAACUGGUCGUUGAAGAAGUCCCUGCUGGGGCCGAAGCCGAGCCGGUGCUUGAGUUCAACUUUGAGAUGAUGGUGUCCAAUCCAUACGUGAAAAAUCGCGAUUUUGUAGAAUUACUGAAGAGCAUGGAAUCCAGCGUGGGACCCAUACCAAGGCACGUGAAAAACAUCUUUCACUUGUGCGGAUUCACCACAACAUCCAUUAUUAGUAGCAUUGGAGAAAAAGAACUCAGGGAGUGCCAGGAGUAUAUAAUACAGGCGGACAGAGAAUUGGCUCCAGCAGUAGAGGAGAUAUACUCUACGUAUUAUGCAUGUCCGGAGAAAUUUCGAUUCACGCCUGGGGAUAUCAUUAUUAUAAACAAAAUGGUCCAAUUGUGCAAAUCAGAGCCACAGAUUCCACGUGAGGAAGCAAAGUGUGAAGAAAACUCUACUGCUGUAAGAUCACUGAAAGCAGCUGUAGUUUCUUGGAUGCAACUUCACAUUUCUUAUGAAAACAGAAUGGAUGUGCAAAAGAACUUCAAUAGAUAG